CAAGGGUGGGAGCAAUAGAUUACAGUUCCUCAGAGCUGGUUGUCGUGCAGUCACUGAUGGCUUCGUUGGCUGGUUGUGUUGUUUAUUAAGUCUUCUUACGAAAUCAUCUGCUGUGGGUGGCUUGCAAUACCUUCAUUAUUUUUUGCUCAAGAUGUUGUGUUUGGUUUCCUGUGGAGCGUUACUGGCAUCUGCUGGCAGAGGCAGGCUCUUAUCUGUCAUCUGGUGGCAGUUGGGCUCACGGCAACUUUGCUUGCAGCCAGUGAACACAAGGUCAGUGCAAGAGGCCAGUUCAGCAACAGAACACAACACGUCUCUGCAGUAAAGGUGUGCUUAUUGUGACAAACAUGGCGAACAAGGAGAAGAGCGGGCCCCGGCCUCAGUUCAUCAGUGGCUCCAGUAGUGUAUCCACCACCAUCCGUCUUCGGGACCUUUAUGAUCCCAAGCCUCAACCUCCCAAAGCCCCAGUCCGGAUCCGCCCUCCAGGUCCGAGAGCUCCGUCAGCAAAGGAACUCAAUUUAAAGCACAGCUCUCCCAGUGAUCCUCCAACCAAGACAAUCAUGAGGAAACGAGCUCAUUCUCUUCCUUCAUCUGCAGAGAGUAAAAAGGAGCUCAGGAGCCUGCAGGUGCGCUUUGUGGACUCACUGGGCCUCGAGUUAGAGGAAGUUAAAGUCUUCAAAGUUCAGGAGCGCCCCCUGAUACCCCAACAUGUUAUGUUCAGACUACUGAUGAGCUCUGAACUGGCUUUUGGGAAAUCAUUGGAGCUGUCCCUGCCUUACUUCAAACCUUGUUUCCCUGAGAAUAUGGGAGCUCAGCCAGACUUCCUGAAGCGUCUCUACACUCAGAGCAUGUGUCUGCAGCAGGUCUUGUGUUCAGAGCAGGGGAUAACAGGCACUAUACAAGUACUCAACUUAGCUUAUGAGAAAGAGGUCACAGUGCACUACUCUUUCACAAACUGGAGAACACUCACAGAAACAACAGCAUCCUGGGUAUCAAGUGGGUACCGUGGGGAGUGCGACGCUCCAGAGACAGAUAUCUUCAGAUUUCGUCUGCCUGUGCCGCCCUUCAUUUUGCAACCAGGGGCCAUUUUAGAAUUUGCCAUCUGCUACCGCGUAAAAGGAUCUAAUUAUUGGGACAACAACAAUGGACACAAUUACAAACUGUCAUGCCACAGCUACAAGGUGACUGUGCCGAGGGAGUGUGAGGACAGCAUGCUGCAUUUCACCUGAGUGUCCACACAGGGGAGCUGGAACACCUGCACACAGAUAUGGGUGACAGGCAAAAAAGUACCACCUAAACUACCCAUAAUUCCCUUUGCUUAUUAUAGUCAGAGGUGGAAUGUAACUAAAUACAUUUACUUAAGUACUUGCUAGUACAGUUUUGAGGUACUAGCAAGCAACUGCCACUUUGUAAAUAUUGUACUUUUUAUUCCACUACAUUUAUCUGACAGCUGCAGCUAUCUUUCAGAAUUAAAGUUUACAUGCAAAAUAAACGAUUAGUUGGAAACUUUGUAGAAUCAUCCCAACAAUCUAUAAAGUAGUUAAAAUUAACCCUGCUGCAACCAGCCACAUUAGAAUGCUGCUUGUAUGUUAAUGUACAUUAUCUGAUACUAAUACUUUACUUACUGCACUUACUUAAGUAAUAUUUUGGAUGCAGGAGUUUUAAUGAAGUAUUACAAUAUCGUUAUUUUUACUUAAAUAAAGGAUCUCAACACUCGCUCCACCUCAGAUUAGAAGAUGUUCUAACCAGGGAGACCUCAAAUUUAACACUAGAGAAAUACUAAAAUGGUCAAAGGAGGUCAAGAUUUUAGUUUAAAAAGGUAAAAUCAGUUAAUGAAUACUGCUUCCUUGAGUGAUCUAACAGAUAAUCUGAGAAAAAAAACGGUUCCUCUGGCUCCUCCUUGUGCUCCUAAUGGCAUUUGCAAAAAUCCAACGGGCCUGAACAAAAACAACCAAUCAGAGCCGAGAAAGAUAGUUGAUUGUUGGGUCUCAUUCUCAGGUGAUCAAAUGCCAACACCACCUCAUGUGCUACUGUCAGCAUAUAAAGUUUCAGCAAAUGUUACAAAAAGCCAUUUUUCUAAAGGUUACCUACUGUAACAGCCAUCAGUUUAGUAUGGCGUAAGCUCCAAAAACGCAGGAUCCUGCAUUUCGAAUAAUGCAACUUAAUAGCACACCACUACCCACGCUUCCAGUUUAAAAUGAUGGCUUUCUGUUGAAAAUUGGAAUUCUCAAGCCGGAGUCGAAACAACCCAGAUGACAUCCCCUCAGUACGAGUAAGCUAAACUUCAUAUGUAAAACGGGUGCAGUGGCCCUUUAAAAUAUUCCAGUCUGAGUCAUGGAAGGAUUCCUGUGUUCCUGCUGGACUUUUAUUUAGAUUAAAUCCCGGCCACCUCUGUACAGAUCUACAAAAGAAUUUGCCCACUGUGCACGUCAGCAAAGUCUGGUGACCCAAUUUAAUGACUGACAGUCUGAGUUAUUGUUGUAUCUUAACACAGAAUUUGCACAAGGUGACAAAUCCAUAUUCUUUGCUGAUUUCACACAGAAAGAGAGCACUUAAUGAGCUGCUGGCAACCCGAGCAGCGUGUUUGCUGUUACUCUGCACUUUCUGCCACAAUCAAGGGGGCUUGACCUCAUUCUUUUGGAGCUUGUUUUGUUUUUAGAGGAAGAUUACCGGGAGCAAUGCUAGCUCCUCUGUUGCACUGUGAUCCCUUAGUUAUCCCCGACAGCACUGACCUUUCACCAAAAAGUUUCCACUGAUAUGAGAGGCCAGAUUCCAGAGAACUUCCUGGCAGGCUGCAACGUUUGGCUCAUAGGUGGGCGUUCUUCCAUCUGCAUUAGUCACUGCAGCUGUAUUGCAAGCUUUAAACAUGAUAGCAGAUAUCUGAACAUUAAACACAUUAUGGAGCAUGUCAAGCCCUAAUCCAUAAUUAAUCAAUGAGAGAAAAAUAAAAUGUUGUUAAUUAAAGACACAGUCUGUCAUCCAAAUGUGAACAAAAAGUUAGCCCUCCCACCAAAAAUAGAAACAACUGUUAUGACCCUUAAACUGAGUGACAGGACUUAAAUAUAACUAAAUUCAAUUUUUUUGAAUGAUCUGUUACACAAGCCCAUACAGUAUUGUCAGUUAUGAUCUCUUGAGAAACAAAAAACAAUAGAUUAAAAGUAGAUUCAAGUAAAUCUCCAAGUGCCGUAAAGUAUAUAUGUGCCUAAUAUUUUAGUUUUGGGUGAAAAUACAGUUUGGGGAUUUCCUGUGAUUGUGUAAAACUGUACAUGCACAUGAGUGAUUGAACUGCAACUCUGCAACAACACCAAACGCUAAAUCCCUCUCUCCAGGAACGCUGAGAGGUUUGUGUGUAAUUUGAAGCGGUCAGACGUUGCAGUUGACAGACACUAGAUGGCAUCAUUGCUCAAAUCUAAGACCCUACAAUGUAAAGCAAUGUUUGAUUUUUGUCUCCAGUGGUGGAAAUAUUCAGAACUUACACUCAAGUGAAAGUAGCUACACAACAAUGUAAAAAUACUCUAUUACAAGCAGGGACGGAUCUAGAGGAAAAAUGCCUGGCUACCUGAGGUUGGUGUCAAAUGCUGUCAAAUUUGACACAUUAACUUAGAUUAAUUGUAUACAUGGUAAAGCGUGGAAAUGAACUUAAUGAUCUGUUAUGGACAUUUUUUAGACUAAUUUCAAUGAAAAAAGACUUAAUAAAAAAAUAAAACAAUUUACUGAUUUCUAAUGCCACCUUUAGGUAUUUCUAUUGAAUCCUUUACUAAUGUGCCACAAUCAUGUAAUGUUUUUGAGUUCAAAUAUUGUAAUUUAGGGGCUUUUCCAAGCAAAUAUUGAUUAAUGUGAUUGUUUGUGAUUAAAUUAGCAUUUAUUUCUGCUCCCUUGAAGUCUCUACAAACUACAUGAAUACUUCUCCAGAUCUGCCCCUGAUUACAAGUAACAGUGUUGCAUUCAACACAAUAGCCCGUCAGAGAUAUAAAGAUCAUCAGAUUAUUAUUACUGAUGCAUAAACAUGUAUAUUUUUGAAUAUUGUUGGUGGUUGAGGUAGAGCUAAGUUUCUGUUGGGCAGUUUAAUCUGUAACAAUGCAUAUUUUGUAAAAUGAUGACUCAAAAAUAAAAUCUUAACCUGCAAAGUACCAUAACAAUAGGUGUCAGAUAGAAGUUGGAAGUAUCUUAAGUGCAAACACUCCAGUGAAGUACCUCAAAUGUGUAAAAUAUAGCACUUGAGCAAAUGUACUUUUGAACAUCCCACUGCUGUUUGUUGCUAACUUCGCACUAUUUGAGAUCCAUGCAACAUAAAUGUGUUUUGUUUUCACAAAUCCUAUGAAUGCACAUUUUACAUAUCAGUCUUUUUGUUGAGCUUUUCUUAAUUAACCACUAAACUAUAGUAAAACAGCAGUCACAGCUUCCCUCUGUUAUGAUAAUAAACUGCUGUACUGUAUAUUGGUUGUGGAUUGAGUGAUGAGCUGGUUCACCCUCAUUAUCCCAUCACUGAUUCCUGAGAGCGUUCUUACAGAACUCCAUCUGCCUUUAGAAACUUUUUCAAACAAACAAUCUAUUUAGAAAAGUAACACAACAUUCUGUAAUCGCACUCCCCGAAGAGCUGUGCACUGUCCUCAGAGCUCUCGGAGGGCACCCAUAACCUGGCAACCCUUUCUUGUUGUGUCUUACACUUUGCCUCUGUAGCUUGUUUGUAAUUACUGCAUUCACAGACGAUGACUUAUUCCACUGUAGCAGUCACUGUGAGGCGUGGUGGAUAAAGGCAUGAACAUAGCAGUAAACUACAAGAAUGGCCUUUGUGCUGCCAGGCUUUAGCGUGCCCUCUCUACUUGUUUCUCCUAAACCUUUUACAGUUGCACCAGAAACAAAAACAAACAUCCCCUCUGUUCUCCGGGGCUGCCUGCGUUUCAUUGCUCUCAUUGUUUGUGUGGAUGGAUGUUCUUCACUAACAGUCUUAGCUGUCAUGCCAGCGUGUUGCUGGGGCACACAUCCAUGCAGCCUCGCAGCGCUCUGCCUUUAUUUGGGGCUGUCAUCUUGUGCUUAUUGCCGGUAGUUAUAUAAGAAGCCACCAUAUUAGGAGCCAACAUGAUGCUCAGUAGUGACGUUUACUCCAGGGACUCGCUGGAAUUGAAAUGUAACAACUGAUGCUUCAUUUUGGGUGCCAGUGAUUAUGAGUUGCAUCAUUAAAACACCAUUAUGGCCUGUGUGUUUUGGAAUAAAAGAACUGUGUCGCUUGUAA